CUCUAGUUAGCGAAAAAGACGCCGCAGUCUAUGAUUUCACUCCCACAGCACAACCACCCGACCUUAGGAUAUUCAUUGUCCGACAAAGAUGUUACGCGUCAGUAUCUGAUGUCGUUCAUCUAAUACUAGUCAGGAGGCCUUCGCGUCGCCAUUCACCACCUCGUUACCUCUUCCUUCUCCUCCCUUCACCAUGCCCCGAAAACGUACCCGCGACGAGAUGGAGGCCUCUGCGCCCGAAGAGAAGAAGAAGACGGAGCCUUCCUUCCUGCAGAGAAUACGAAACAUGUGGGAAUUUGCCUCUACGAUGCAGUUCAUCUUCAUGUUUGGCAAAGCAAUCAAGAUUGACGAAGACUUUGACAUCGAGGACUUUGAGGAAGAAUGCCUGAAGCCUGGUUACUCCGAAAAACUCGAAGAGAUAGGCUUGACCCUACUCAAAUGGAUCUCAUCGCAUCGUGGGCUCGAUUAUACCAUCUGGGAUGAAUAUACUCGACGUCAGUAUCUGGCCAAGGCACCACACCUCAACCCCUAUGGCGCAGAAGAGACACCGAAGCGGUUCCGAGACUUCGACAUCGUUACCAAGAUCAGAGUGCUGCACCAGUUGACGGUAUGGACGUUUUGGAACCCUGAUCGCAUAAGAGAGAAGAUGCCUGAUCAUCCGCGUGAGGUCGAUCAACUAGAAUGGCGAGUCGAGGAGUUUGGUUACGACCGUGAUGAUCGACAAUACUACCUACUGGACGACAAUCGCUUCUACCGUCGGACUGAACCUCCACUGCCACCAGCGUCCAAAGCCAAGCCGAAAGCCAACUCGAAGAAAGCAAUUGCCGCAAGACGAAGAGAGAGCAAACGAAGAAGACUAGAGGCUGAGUUAGAGGACACCACAGAUGAAAAUCACGAAGAGAUUGACGAAAGCCAUAUGGUUGAAGAACAGACGAAGGAGCCUUGGGAGAUUGACACCUUUGGCGGGUUCAAGUGGGAGUGCAUUGCCAUCACUCUUACAGACUACCAUGAAUUGUGCGAAUCGUUAAAGAAGUCCAAAGACCCCAACGAGAAGGUUUUACGAGACCGUCUCAUCUCCGAAGUCAUACCGAUCAUCGAAGCUGCCGAAGAGAAGCAGCGACGAAAGAUCGAGCGGCGUCAGCGCGAACUUCUAAUGAUGGAGAAAAUGGUUGGAGCCAAACGAUCUAGUCGAUUGGCAGACAAGCUGGACCGUGAACGACGCGAAGCCGAAGAAGCCGAGGCUGAACGGAAGAAGCAAGCUGAUCUCGCGGCUGCCCAUCGAGAAAUGGAGAGACAGGAAAAGAUGGAGCAGGAACGGCAAUCCCGGAUGUUGACCCGAGAGCAGCGCAUUCGGGACAGAGAAUACAAGCGACUCCUUAAGGAGGAAGAACUUGCCAGAGAUGCCAUCGAACAAAAGAAGAUCGAGGAAGGUGAAGUCAGAGGGUCCGACCGUCACCUGAAACAACGCAUUGAGAAGAAUAAAAAAGAACUGGAAGAUCUCAACAAUGAGGAAGAAUGGACCUUUGACUGCUCAGGCUGUGGUGUCCACGGCAAGAACAUCGAUGAUGGCUCACACUGUGUUGCUUGCGAACGAUGCAGCGUCUGGCAACAUAGUAAGUGUCUGGGUAUUUCAAAGUCUGCUGCGGAGAAGAAGGAUUUCCAUUUCGUUUGUAAAGAUUGCAGACGAAAGGAAGAAGACGCAAACAAGCCAAAAAUCUCCCUCAAAUUCAAGGUUGGCACGUCUUCCUCGCCGGCACCCCCAAGUCCAGUAGCGCCUGCGGCACAACAGUCAGCAUCACAGAAGUCGACCCUUGGCAGCGUUGAGAUACCGAAACAGAAUGUGGUUCGGCCCGCCAGCCAGGGCUCCAUGACGAACGGAUACCCAGGACAACAAUCAUCGCCGUCCAGUCACCCACCAAGCUCACCAUAUCAACCUCGACAGAUCCAGAGUAAUGGCUUAUUCCAGCAAUAUCCACAAGCUGCCAGCAUUCCAUGGCAACAGCGAUCACUACCCCCAGGUCUUAGCCAACAAUCUCCGGGCUCUGAUCAGUUCGUUCAAUAUGUGCCUGGUUAUCCUGCCCAACAAUCUGCACAUGUAGUUGGGAACGGCUUUGUUAGAAGUCCACCUCCUCAAUCGGCCGCGCAUACACCCUUUCGAAAUGGUGCUCCUCUUCAACCCCAGAAUCAUUCUUACGAACAACGAGCCUUGGUAUCUGCACAUGACAGUCCUCGCCAGCCAACACGGUCGCCUGCACAUGGACAAUCAACAAACAAUACUGGUCGUCUUCCAUCCCCAGUUUUUAAUCGUCCGAUGAUGUCUCCUACCCAGGGCAACAUGGAUGUUGGACCGGUUGCAGGAAUUCCUCAGAAAUCUCCAUCUCUUGGUCAUAAUACCGUGAAUGGUGUGCCUGUGAAUGGCCUUCAGCCUCAUCAAAACGGACUCAACACUACCCAAGCGCAUGCGACGCCCCGUGCCUCGUCCCGACCUCAAGAGGCUCAGACGCCUACCACACAGCCCAUCUCGGGACUUUCCCCAAGAAAGCAACCUACACCCCAGCACUUCCCGCCACCUUCCAUCAUCCCCCAGAAGCGAAACAGUAUGUCUCCGACCUUGCCACCGAAUGCCAUGGCAGGUGGCCAUGUCGAGAGGAGGACGGUCAGCGGCACGCCUGUGCUUCCACCCAUCGAGAACCUCCGACCCAGCCCGGAGCAGAUGAGGAAGAUGAGCAGCAAUGAACCCGUCCCGACCCCGAGCAAGCAACCUCAACCUUCUCCGACAACGGCGGCGGCGAGUGGCGAGAAUGGCGGUUUUGGCCAUCACCACAGCAGCAGCAGUCCGCCUCCCGAUAAGAUGGAGGAUGUACAACAGCACGUCACUGGCGCGGAGGUGAAGACUUCAUGAUGACAAUUAAUGUGAAGAUGCGACGAAUCCAACGAAGCUAGAUUUUGGAUGGGGACAUCUUGGGACGCCUGGUGGGGUAUGAUUAUGGUCAUGAUUAAUAUUCCUUCUACGGUCAUUGCGUGCAUUGGUAACCACGAUACUGGUGCACAUGCAGGGGAAUGAUAUCGCCAGGACUGUUUGGAUUAGAUUAGAGAGACGAAAAGGCGAUUGGUUAUUCAAAACGCGUUGUUGGAUAGUACGAACCUCCCAAUGCAAUGUCCGCUAAACCUUUCUAUGCUUGUGAAGAGACCAUUGCAUACUCAUUACACCAAGGGAAAUCAGAGACAAGUGCCAUAAUUUGCGACCACCGAUGUUAUCGCCGUCUAUCCCUAACGUGUCUAGUUUGAAACUGUCGUUGAAGAAAAUCAAAGAGGAAUGGAGAACGAGACGCUGAUUGUAACGCAGUAUACAGGAACGUUAGGUGCUGGUACACGAUCAAAAGUGUUGUUACAGUACACCGCCAUCCACGUGUUUACUGAUGACGUUCUUGUUAAAUCUCGCUCCGUCUCGCCAUUAUGGCUUUAACCGUCGUGUCGAUUCGAAGCAAAUAUCAAGUGGUCCUCAUGACCUCUUCCAUCUUGGUCAAGGCGUCGACGGCGCGGAAUGGUUUGGGCAGGACGGCGUCGACUCCGGCCUCCAUGGCCGAGGCGAUCUGUUCGGAGCGGGCGUUGGCCGUGA